AUACACUGCACGACUUUUCAAUUAAUAUUCACAAUAAUUAUACUUUUUUGUGGAUACCCUUUUGCUAUAAACUCUCUGUGUGGAUACCCUUUGGCGUAAGUAACAGUAACAGGAUUGGUUGCAGCACUAACCAACCAUGGCGGUCCCAGCUGCACUGGUCAUUGUUCCUUUGGGAAUCCUUGUCAUUUGCUCCGGCACUCUUGUUAAUUUUCUUCAGGCUGUUUUCUUUGUUCUUGUUCGUCCUCUUUCAAAGAGCAUGUAUAAAAGGAUCAACAAAGGAACUGCAGAAUUGUUGUGGUUGGAACUCAUAUGGUUCAUUGAUUGGUGGGCAGCUAUUAAGGUCGAGCUCUACACUGAUUCAGAAACAUUUCAAUUUAUGGGUAAAGAAAAUGCACUUGUCAUAAGCAACCACAAGGGUGACAUUGAUUGGCUUGUUGGAUGGGUCUUAGCUCAGCGUUCUGGUUGCCUUGGUAGCUCAGUAGCCAUCAUGAGAAAAGAAGCUAAAUUCCUCCCAAUUAUAGGUUGGUCCAUGUGGUUGUCUGAUUAUAUCUUCUUGGAAACAAAAUGGGAUAAAGAUGAAGUCAAAUUGAAGUCAGGUUUUCAGCAACUAGAGGAUUUUCCCAUGCCUUUUUGGUUGGCUCUCUUUGUAGAGGGAACUCGCUUUACACAGCCAAAGCUAGCAGUUGCUCAACAUUAUGCAGCCUCAAGAGGGUUACCUAUUCCUAAGAAUGUAUUGAUUCCACGUACAAAGGGUUUUGUUUCAGCAGUAAGUUACAUGCGGUCAUUUGUUCCGGCAAUUUAUGAUUGUACUGUAACUACUUCAAAGAAUCAACAUCCUCCUACAUUGUUGAGCAUGUUUAGAGGAGAAACUUCAGUGGUAAAAGUACAACUCAAGAGAUUUUUAAUGCAUGAACUCCCAGAAACAGAUGAUGGCAUUGCACAAUGGUGCAGAGAUAUAUUUGUCACCAAGGAUGCUUUGUUGGAGAAGUAUUUUACUAAAGACACUUUCAGUGACCUUGAACAUCAUAAGAUUGGUCGACCCAAGAAGUCUCUAAUUGUUGUGAUUAGUUGGUCAUGUCUGAUUGUGUGCGGCUAUGUGAAACUCUUUCAAUGGCUUUCUGUGUUUUCAUCAUGGGAAGGCACUGCAUUUUCUGUGGCUGUCUUGGUACUUGUAACCAUUGUUAUACAAAUCCUGAUCUGUGCAUAUGAGUCAGAACUAUUCACACCAAAUGGGUUACCAUUACAAGAUCCAAUCAGACAAGCCCUCAUUCAGAAUUAUGCAGAGAUUCCUUAUAGUGCACAGCCUGUCAUAAUGUAAAUGAGAAUACACACACUCUCUCUCUCUCUCUCUCUUUCCCUCUUGAUUAUUCUUUGUCUCAAUAAUUAGGAUUUCAUUGAUUAUUGAUUUGAUAGUGUAUUUUGAAAGAAAUUGUAGAAAGAGAAAGUAAAAUUCAAUCUUUUGAGACCUAUGUCUUGGAUGCAGAGGAUGAAGAUUGAAAGUAAGGGAUUGUUAAAGUUAGGUUUCUUAGCCUUUUUUUGUUCAAAGAAAUUUAAAAGUUUCAGAGACUUGAA